AUGGAAUAAGCUUUUAAAAAAGAUUAAUAUUUUCCCGGAAAUAUUAUUGAUCUCACUGAUUCUCAACAAGAACAUGAAGAGGACUCAGAAUACAACAAACCGCUUGAUGGACUUACUGAAAGGAAUUUAAGGAAACGUAAAAAUUGUCCUUUAAAUUUAUCACUUAAUCAAUAAUUACUUUAAGAUCCUAUUUAUAAAAGCUGUAUUUAAAAUGAAUUCCUCUUUAUCAAACAUCUUGAAUCACUAGGAUUCACUGACAUUUAUGAUUAUUUGAAAUAUUGCAAUAAACAUGGACUUCUCCUUGAAGAUGAAGCAUACAAAAGUAUCUUAAAUACAAAUUGAAUUAUAGAAAAUAAUCUUAAGCCUCCGUAUUAGAAAUAUAACAUAUAUUAAUCCAAAAUAAUUCAUGAAAAAAAUUUAGAUUUUAGAAAUUUAUAACAAAUUUUAAGUGGAAUGAAAUAAUUUAAAAAGACAAUGAAACUUGAAUAAAAAUAUAAAAAGGAUUUAAAUAUUGAAUUUUAUACAACUAAUGAUAUAAAAAGUAAUGUCGUAAUACAUUAAACUAAAGAACAUCGAUAUAUUGCACCAAAUUUUAUUAAUAAAAUGCUCUAUGAAGUAGAACCAUUAGAUUAGGAAAUAGAUGAAACAUUAAUUCACUAUUGCUGGAAAUAGUAUAGAAAGUUUUAUAAUAAAUGUCUAGCUGAAUAUGAUGCUAUGUUAAAUGAGAAUGAAUAUGAAAGUGAAUUUAGUGAUACUCAUUAAAUUGAUUAUGAUUAAAUGUCACAUGAUUCUUUGGCUCCUUACUUUAAAGUACCUCCUUAUAAAAGGAAACCUCAAUAUAGAUCAAUGAAUUUGUCUUACUAAAUAUAAAAUUUGAAAAUUUUAUAGUUGUCUGUUAUUUGA